AAAGAGUAACCUAUGACAUGCCGAAAUGCUUUUGGACAAUUUUUCUAUGUGUGUGUAAAGAUUUUGUUAUCAUCACGUGACCCGAGGGAUUCGAAGGUAAACAGUGUUUUUUUUUACCGAUCUAUAGAUGAAGAAAGUAGUUCGUUUUUCGAGGGUAGAAUUGAAUGAAACUGCACGAGUAAUGGGAAAGCUAUUAUACGAUUAUCGACAUCAUGGCAGCUGGAACAGUUAAUUCCCGCGACUGCUGAGUAAAACGAGAUACCUGUGAGCAGAAUUCUAAGUGACCUGCGUCAUAAUUUAAGAGGGAAUUGUCAAGUCCUAUACAAUAUACGCUCUAUUAAAAAAAAUCACACAAAAGAACCGAAUAACGCUGUAGUAUAUUAUAGCAGCACUAUAUAACCUGAGUUGGAAUACACGCCCCUCAUAUCCAAACUAGAGAGUGGGACUGAGAUAAUUUCCCACGUGAAUCAAGAGAUUUUUUGAUGACAUGGAUUCUAACGGAGGAGCAAACACAUCUGGGCAGAGUGGCACGAGGGCCGCCCCUCCGUCAAACGUCGGGGCCAACCCCGAGUCGCGUUUUAGCUGGCGCCGCUGGAUCCGCCCCGUAGUCUUCGUGAUCUACGGACUGCUCGUCAUAGCUGGAGCGGUAUGUAUCGCUAUCGACUACACCGAGACUAUAGUGACUGAUAAAUUCAAGAAGACUCUUGCUUUGGUGGGAUUCGUUCCGAUGGUCAUCUCGAUUCCGAUAUCAUUCUGGGGCAUCGUCAAUCACAUGGUCUGUUUCACUCGACCUAGUCUUCAGAAGUACAUUUUCAGAGUCCUUUGGAUGGCUCCGCUCUACGUCUUGAUGAGUUGGCUUGCUCUUCGGUUUUCCAGCGGCAAGGUGUACUUCGACGCAUUAAGACAGAUGUACGAGGCCCUCGCCAUGUGUAAUUUCGUAUUCUACAUGGUGACAUACUUUGCCGAAGAGGUGCCCGACUUGGAACAACGUCUGGCCGAGAAAGAAAAGCAAGGGCUUCCAAUCCCAUUAUGUCGGGUCAAAAGGCAACCAACCCUAGGAAUGAUCCACAAGUGUAAAAUAGGCAUUUUCACUUACUCAGUCGUCCGGACUAUUGCAACCAUAGUAACAGUGAUCUUACAUCUUACCGGAAAUUACAGCGAAGAAUUCGGUUGGGGAAGUCCGUAUACCUGGUUUUGCACCCUAGUAACAAUUUCACAAAUCGUGGCCAUGUUCAGUCUGAACCUUCUCCGUAUGGCAACCUACGAAGAGCUCCAACCUCUGCCCAGGUUCUUCAAGCAGUUUGUGGCGAUUCAUCUUGUGAUAUUUUUUACCAACUACCAGGGUUCCAUACUCAACCUCGUGGCAAAGACAAACGUCUUUGAUCAAUUUGAUAUGCAGCUUGCGGAUAUUGAGCCUUCUUUCGCCACAAGGUUGCAGGAUCUUCUGAUUUGCUUUGAGAUGGUGCCCCUUGCCGCCUUCUUCACGUAUUCCUUUGACUAUCAGCGCUACAAUACCAACGAACCGAAAUGUGGCAUUGGAAGAAUUAUUCUCUUCUGUUGGACUCUGACCAGCAUGAAAUCAAGCGUCAUCGAUCGUCUUGGAAAAGGUAACAAUACCAACGAGGGUUUCCAGAAUGACAAUGCCCAAUCCCAGCAGCAAACUCCAGCUGCUACAACUGACGGUGUUUAUCUGUCUAUUCAACCUCAACCUCAGUCACAGGGUGCACCGGUGGUGUGAAAAAGAAAUCCAAUCUCAAGCCGUGUCCGAAUUAGCGGCUACAGCUACGGCUACGGCUAGAUUUCCGCGUCAUCCUGCGUUGAAGUAUAGACCUUUCUUUUGCAAUGACACAGCCCGAGUUUUUGCCAACUCAGGUUGGAAAACAAUGGAAAGCCAUUAAUACACAUUUGAAGAAAAAAAAACGCUACUGGUUGUAGCAAUAUUACUAAAAUUAUUUUAAAAUUGUUUGAUUUUGUUGAAAACUACCUCUGCAUAUGUGAGGUAUUUUACUAACUGAAAGUUUGGAGAUAAUGUUGAAUUUGAUAAAACAUCUACAAUGUAUGUGUUUUUUACG